UUACACCCAAUGAAUGACGUCAGGUGCGCGUUCUAUGUUGUGCGGGAGAGCACGCGUGUAGCUCGCUCCGAAAGGAAAAUCCUGGAGAGCGACGUAACGAUGAUGCGGAACAACAUCGCGGUUGUGUUGUGUUGCGUGUUGCUGUUUUUCGCCACGACAGGUAUUGAAGCGAUACGCUGUUAUCAAUGCAGCUCCGAUAUGGACUCAAAGGGCGAGGACCUUUGUGGGGCUUACUCAUAUUUCGAUAAAGAGAGGAACGUACCUAUAGAAUGCAAUAGCGAGGAAUCGCAUAUGCCUGGUACAUUUUGCGUCAAGUACACUGAACAGAGCCCACGUGGCUUCAUCUGGGAUGGUAGGUGGCGACAGGUGAUCCGACGAUGCGCCUCCGUCGCCAGUACAGGAGUUACAGGGGUCUGUAACUGGGGUGUUCGCGAGAAUGGUGUUUACUGGCAGGAGUGUUACUGCUCCGAGGACGCGUGCAACGCAGCAUCCGGUCCGGUGUCCUUCGUCACGUUGCUCCUCGUGGCGUGCAGCGCCGUUCUUACGCUUACUUAUUUUAAGUAAAACAAGUUUUUAGGCUUUUCUCACAUUUUUCAAGAAUACAGGCAGUAACAAAAUCUAAGCCUUUGUUGCAAUAAGUGAGAAGUUAAGUUUUAUAUAAUUCUAAUAAGAUGAGUCGUAAAAUCUUAACGGAGAUGUAUUCUCGACGAAUUUGGUUUGCCAACCGAAUUUUGAUUAGAAACCAUUUUCAUUAUUAUAUUUCUCUUUCCUCUUUCAAUUUUUCUUCUUUGAACAC